AAAGAAGAGUUAUCAUGAAGGUUUUAUUAUUAAUAUUUGCUGCGGCUUGGGGUGCCAGUGAAGCCAUUCAAUGCACACCAGGAAUAUGUGCUGCAGUCAGCUGUGUGAGCGCUUUAAAUUGUAAUGGAAGAGUAGAAAAUAAUGGAGGAUUUUGUGGAUGUUGUCCAGUUUGUAUCACGCAAUUAGCUGAGAAAGAAUCCUGUUUACAGACAGCCUUCAUUGGAAUACCAAACAAUGCAGAAUGUGGACCAGGAUUAACUUGUGAUAAAUCCUCAUUCACUUGUGUUAAAACACAAGCCAAGAGAGAAGACGAUUUCCCUUCCUGUGCCGAUGCCCGAAAGGUCUUUUUAGAUCAAAAACAAAAUGGCGGUAUUUUGUUAGGCGCAGAAGAACCAAAAUGUGAUAGCGAUGGAACUUACUCCGCCGUUCAAUGUAUUGGAUCACAAUGUCAUUGUACAUCGGCUGGUGGUAAAAAUUUGGGUUACCCAGUUAACAGAGGACUGACACAAGGAAUGGACUGCAAAUGUGCUAGAGAUCAAGAUACCUAUGCUAAGACUGGUUUAAUAGGUAAACUAUUUUAUUGUGGACCAAAUGGUAACUACAGAAACUACCAAUGUGUUGGAUCGGUUUGCUGGUGUAAAGAUUCUAAUGGAAAGCAAGUUGGACAGUCAAUCAAUAUCGGCCUCUUAUCUACACUUCAUUGUGCAGCAUAAUAAGGAAAGGGAACUGUCCAGUUAUUGAAUGACAAGAUUUAGUUAGAUUAAAAUUUGUAAAAGUUAA